AUGGGCGAUAAUCUAGAGAGGGCGGAGGACUUCGAGAGCAAAGCCGUGAAGAAGCUCAGCGGCUGGGGCUUAUUCGGCUCCAAAUUCGAAGACGCAGCCGACUUAUUCGACAAAGCCGCCAACUCUUUCAAGCUCUCCAAAUCAUGGGAUCGAGCGGGAGCAGUUUAUGUAAAGUUGGCUAACUGUCAUUUGAAGUUAGAUAGCAAGCAUGAAGCUGCUAAUGCGUAUGCUGAUGCAGCUCAUUGCUACAAAAAGUGCAAUACACAAGGUGUGGUUAUCUUUCAUCUGCUGAAUUUGUCAGCCUUCGUAGCAAAAGAAAUAGUUGAGUUGUAUGAGCAUGAACAGAACUUGGAACUAGCUAUCGUGUAUUUUGAGAAAGCUGUUGAUCUCUUCCAAAGUGAAGAAGUAUCAACAUCAGCAAAUCAGUGCAAGCAGAAGGUAGCUCAAUAUGCUGCUCAGUUAGAACAGUAUAAGGCUGCCUCCCAACUCUAUCAGGACGUGGGCCGACUUCAUAUUCCAGUUUUUGGACUAUUUUUUCGCCUCCACAAAGACUAA